UGACGUCAUAUAUGGUGGACGGAAGCGCGCACGCAACAUCACACGACCUUCUAUCCGAUGCAUGGUAAACCAAAUAAUAUGUGAAAGUACUAGAGCAGUACUCAUUUUUUAUUUAUUUUAGCCUGCAUUAUGUUUCGUGCCACGGUAUCGAUAUGUGGAAGAACAGUUGUUAAAAGAUUAAUCUCUUCUGUCUCUGGAGAAAGCGCACUUCCAUCAAAUCUGCGACUUCCAUCAAAUCUCAUCGGAGUCCCGCGAGAAAAAAGACCCCCUCCAUCUGGAUGUGAACAUCCAGUGCUGCACAGAUGUGAGACUGACAUCCCAGCUCACCUGGCGCCCUCUCAGACAUGGCUUCAUUCUUUAGGUAGUCAUGACAGUGAACCACUCGGUGUUGUUGACCUCCACCCUGACGUCUUCUCGGUACCUGUCAGGCUGGAUAUUCUCCAUGCUGUAGAGGUCUGGCAAAGAAAUUUCCAACGAAUAAGCCAUGCAAAGGUCAAGUCUCGAGCUGAAGUCAGUGGUGGUGGAAGAAAACCAUGGAAUCAGAAAGGAAGCGGUCGGGCACGCCAUGGAAGCAUUCGGGCUCCACAAUGGAGAGGAGGAGGAGUAGCUCAUGGUCCCCGGGGACCAACCAGCUAUUACUACAUGUUGCCCAUGAAAGUGCGAGUACAAGGCUUGAAAAUUGCUCUAACUUCCAAACUGGCUCAGGAUUAUCUUCAUAUUGUGGACACGCUGGAUAUUCCCACUCCAGACCCAAAUUAUCUACUGGACCUGAUCAAACACAGACAGUGGGGGGACUCGGUUCUCAUUGUUGAUGUAAAUGAUGAGUUACCUCAGAACAUUCUUAAAGCCACUGAAAAUCUUAAAACAGUGAAUGUCAUUCCAUCUAUAGGUCUGAAUGUCCACAGCAUGCUGAAACACGAGAGUUUGAUUCUCACUCUUGAAACUGUCAAAUUUCUAGAAAAGAAGCUGCUUUGGCAUGAUGUGCGUUAUACUCCCCUCUAUCCUUUUAAACUGCCCUACAAUGACCUGCCAUGAACAACACAUGGACCUUAUUCAAAUGUAUUAAAAUGUUUAUUUCAUUGAAACGAU